GACGAUUGACAAAUGGUAUUUUUUCUGCACCUACAUGUUAUAAUUUGUUUUAUUAAAAUAUUGUGCUGAACGUGAAAUAAUUGGCGAAUGUUCCGAUUGAUCCAAUUGCAUUUACAUUAUUUGUCGGCAGGCAAUUUAUAGCAUUAGAUAUUAUUAAUUUCUAUGAACUCAAAAAGCGAAACUGACGAAGCUUCAAGGGGGAGGGAAGCAUCAUCGUCAAAUAAUAACUCAACCCCAAACAACAUUGCCGAGGAACAAUCUCAGCCAGUUUUAUGCUUGAAUCCAGUAUCUGGUAGCACUCAGGACAUCAUGAAGCGUGCAGCUAAGGAGCUGAUUGAGAGAUAUUUCUAUCAGCUACUCGAAGGCUGUGGGAAUCCAAACUGUGAUAAUGAAUAUUGUGCAUCAAGUCAGAAGGCUAAAAAGCUAACAGCCAAUGAAGCUGCUGCAGUAGCUAUAAAAUUAGCAGAGAAGAAGGAGGCUCUUCUUUGUGACAGGCAUCCAAAUAAAGUUCCUCGCACAGAUACAAAUAACUGUGAUUCAAAUUCCAGCACAUGUGAAACAUCAAAUAAAAAAGUUAAAAAAACCAGCAGUAAUCAAAAGACAGACACAUUGUCAGAGAACAAAGAGCAAGAAGACAGUCAAGAUAGUGGUCCUUUAACGGAGGAGAGAAUGCGUGAGCUAUGUGACGAGUGCCUGCAGAGUCAGUCGGCGCAGAAGUUGUUAUGGGCUCUGGGGUCAGCGUUCCGGCAGCCACAUGUACUUGCUCAAUCAUUUCGACGUCAAAUCAAUGAAAAUGAACCAAAACCUGAAAGCGAUGUUAAAAAAGAUAAAGAAUCUAAAGCAAUGUGCUCAUCAAGUGAUCCAGAUAAAGACAUAGAUAGUGUGACGGGCCCAGAGUUUGAUGCUGCCUCGUGUCACAGAGCAUUCCUGUAUCUUGCUAAAGUGCCAUCAAAACAUUACAAUUCAGUGUUAGUCUCAGCACUGGAAACAUUAGCCUUACAUCUGAAGAUAGAUUUGGAGAUCAGUAAGAAGAUUUCUAUGGAGGAUGUGGUGAAUUGCUUCGUGAUAGCUUUUGAAAUACCAGAUAUUGGUUGUAGUGAUUACCUGGAGGUUGCUCUGCCCACGUUAUGUCACGCUGUUGAAUAUUUACCUAUUAAAGCACAAGCUCGACUGGCACGUCUCUGGUCUGAGUACUGCAAGGAGAGCUUGCGUCACAUCCUGGAGGCACUGCAGCAGCUCAUCACCCUGAGGGUGGUGUCCACUAAUUAUUCCAGGAUAUAUCAAGUGCAGGAUGAUGAAUGUGUCACUAAAGCCACAAAGCUCAUGAAGAUAGUAUACUACGCGAACAUGUUGGCUGGUGAGGUGGAACAGAACCCUCAGCAGGAGGAGGCUGUGGUGAUCACCAACCAGUUGGACCCUCUUGGUGAUGCGUUGCAUGACCUGCUUCCACUCUCCUCCAUGAAGACCUCAAAACAGUCAUUACCUGAGGACCCAUUAGCGGUUGAACUGAAAAUAAACUCGUUGGAUGUGAGGAAGCCAUACUUGCCGUUCGAGGAGUUCUACAACGAGCCCCUCAGCGACAGUAUUGAAAUGGACAUUGACUUCGCCAGCUAUAAAACUGAUGUUAAUAGCGCAACAAAGUUCGCGUUCCUAAACUACCCGUUUAUAUUGACUGCGGCGACAAAGUCCCUCGGCCUGUACUACGAGAACCGUAUCCGUAUGUACUCGGAGCGGCGCGUGUCGCUGCUGCACGCGGUGGUGGGGGCCGCACCCCCCAUGCCCUUCCUGCGUCUGCGCGUGCGUCGCUCACACAUCAUUGCGGACGCGCUCGUUGAGUUGGAAAUGAUUGCGAUGGAGCGAGCGCUGGACCUGAAGAAGCAGCUGAUGGUGGAGUUCGAAGGCGAGCAGGGAGUGGACGAGGGUGGCGUCAGCAAGGAGUUCUUCCAGCUUAUCGUCGAGGAGAUAUUCAACCCCGACUACGGCAUGUUCACGCAACAACCGGAUUCUCAUACCGUCUGGUUCAACCCGACAUCAUUCGAGACUGAGGCUCAGUUCACGCUGAUCGGCAUUGUUCUGGGGCUGGCGAUAUACAACAAUAUCAUCCUGGCGGUUAACUUCCCCAUGGUGGUGUACCGCAAGCUCAUGGGCAGGAAGGGAUCCUUUGAAGACCUCGCCGACUGGAAUCCUAGUUUAUAUAACGGUUUAAAAGAUAUGUUAGAUUAUUGCGGAGAUGAUUUAGAAGAAGUGUACUAUCAGACGUUUAGGAUAUGCUACAAAGAUGUAUUCGGCAACAACUUAUUCCACGAUCUCAAAGAUGAAGGAGACAGCUUGUUUGUUACGCAAGCUAAUAAAAGGGAGUUUGUAGAUCUGUACGCGGACUUCUUACUGAACAAGUCAGUGGAGACGCAGUUCCGUGCAUUCCGGCGCGGCUUCGUCAUGGUGACGGAUGAGAGCCCGCUCAGUGCACUCUUCAGACCUGAGGAGAUCGAGACCCUCGUCUGCGGAAGCAAGAAUUUCGAUUUCAACGAGUUGGAAAAGUCAACGGAGUACGAUGGCGGGUACACGGCUGAGUCGCGUAUAAUAAAAGAUUUCUGGUGCAUCGUUCACAACCUGUGCAUCGUGGAGAAGCGCAAGCUGCUGCAGUUCACGACGGGCUCGGACCGUGUACCUGUAGGAGGUCUCAGCUAUCUCAAGCUGGUCAUAGCUCGCAACGGUCCUGACUCCGACCGUCUGCCAACUGCACACACCUGCUUCAAUGUGCUGCUGCUGCCGGAGUAUGAAUCCAGAGAUAAGCUCCGUGAUCGUCUCAUGAAGGCCAUCUCAUACUCCAAAGGCUUUGGAAUGCUCUAGAUGCCAUCCAUCCAUCACAUACAACCCACCCGGUACACACACAGUGGAAGCGAUAGCUUUAAAGGUCAUCAUACAUUAGAUAAACUCUACGCUGACUUUAAUUAUUGAGAGUCGAUUGGAUCUAGUCUGGGUCGAGUUUGUCAAAUGUGCGAGGACCUUUAUGUCCUACUCAUAGAUGGCUCUGUAACGUGAAUAAAUGUUUGUUGUAUUUAUACGAA